AUGGGAAAAACGCAAAUAUUGGAGAAAUGCAAGUAUGAGAGAAACGCAAAUGUGGGCAAGACGCAAAUGUGGGCAAGACGCAAACGUGGGCAAGACGCAAACGUGGGCAAGAUGCAAACGUGGGCAAGACGCAAACGUGGGAAAGACGCAAACGUGGGCAAGACGCAAACGUGGGCAAGACGCAAAUGUGGGCAAGACGCAAAUGUGGGCAAGACGCAAAUGUGGGCAAGACGCAAAUGUGGGAAAGACGCAAAUGUGGGAAAGACGCAAAUGUGGGAAAGACGCAAAUGUGGGAAAGACGCAAAUGUGGGAAAGACGCAAAUGUGGGAAAGACGCAAAUGUGGGAAAGACGCAAAUGUGGGAACGACGCAAAAGUGGGAACGACGCAAAAAUGCGAACGACGCAAAAAUGCGAACGACGCAAAAAUGGGAACGACGCAAAAAUGGGAACGACGCAAAAAUGGGAACGACGCAAAAAUGGGAACGACGCAAAAAUGGGAACGACGCAAAAAUGGGAACGACGCAAAAAUUGGAACGACGCAAAAAUUGGAACGACGCAAAAAUUGGAACGACGCAAAAAUUGGAACGACGCAAAAAUUGGAACGACGCAAAAAUGGGAACGACGCAAAAAUGGGAACGACGCAAAAAUGGGAACGACGCAAAAAUGGGAAUGACGCAAAAAUGGGAACGACGCAGAAACGGGAACGACGCAGAAACGGGAACGACGCAGAAACGGGAACGACGCAGAAACGGGAACAACGCAGAAACGGGAACGACGCAAAAACGGGAACGACGCAAAAACGGGAACGACGCAAAAAUGGGAACGACGCAAAAACGGGAACGACGCAAAAACGGGAACGACGCAAAAAUGGGAACGACGCAAAAACGGGAACGACGCAAAAAUGGGAACGACGCAAAAAUGGGAACAACGCCAAAAUGGGAACAACGCCAAAAUGGGAACAACGCCAAAAUGGGAACAACGCCAAAAUGGGAACAACGCAAAAAUCGGAUAAUCGCAAAAUGGGAAAAUCAUAAAAUUGGGAAAAUCAUAAAAAUGGGAAAAUCAUAA